AAUGGAUUAAAAAUCAUCUGCUUUUCAUAUUUACAAAUAAACUCUUAUUAGACGUAACACGGUACCCAUUUCUUAGGUUUAUUCAUAUGAUGUUAAAGAUGUAAAUAUUGUAGAAAUGUAUAAAAUUAGAAAAUAGGAUAAGGAGCUUACGGAAGUGUUUUCAAAGCAAUUCAUAAGGUUUCCAAAUAAGUAAGAGCUGUAAAGGUGAUCAAUAAACUCAAUAUUAAAUACAAAGAAAGGUUAUUAAGUGAGAUAACAAUUAUGGAGCUAUUAGUAUGAAAAUAAAAUUAGCAAUUUAAGGAUCAUCCGAAUAUACUGAGAGUAUUUGAAACAUUUGAGGAUAACGAGAAUUUAUAUAUGGUUUUAGAGUAUUAUUUGAAUUUGAGCUAGAAUCUGUUAAGGUGGUGAUGUUUUUGAUAAAGUUUUAGAAAAAGGAAAUCUAUCAAUUGAUGAAGCAUUUAAAGUUUAUAUUCAAUACAUGAGAGCAGUCAAUUAUUAUUAGAGCUUUAAAAUAGUUCACAGGUAUAUAUAAUAGAGAUAAUAGGGAUUUGAAACCUGAAAACUUUUUAUUUUAAAAAAAGGAUGAUUUGAAUACAUUAAUUGUUAUCGAUUUUGGAAUUGCAAAGAGAGGAGUUGAUAAAUUAAAAACAAAAAGUGGAACAGUAUACAUAAUAUUAAAUAUAUAGGCAUAUUAUGUUGCUCCUGAAGUAUUAGAAGGUUCUUAUGAUUCGAAAUGUGAUAUUUGGUCUUCUGGUGUCAUUUUGUAUGUUAUAUUGUGUGGUUAUCCUCCUUUUUAUGGAGAAAAUGAAAAGGAAAUAUUGACUGAGAUUAGAAAUGCUCAAUUAUAAUUUGAAGGUUGUUAUUUUAUAAUUAUAAUAAAGGUGAUGAAUGGCAAUAAAUACCAUAAGAUAUUAAAGAUUUUAUUAAACAAUAGAUAUGUCCUGCACCUUAAAGAUCUUCACCAAAAGAUUUGUUAGCAAACAAAUUGGUAGAUAAAUUCAAUUAGAAAUUUUAAGUUGAUUAAAAAUUGAUUUCAAUGUUGACUAUAAAUUAAUGGGUAAAGUUUCACCCUUUGAAAAGAUUGGGUUUAUAUUAUUUGGCAACCUAAAUCAAUUCAUCAGAUCUUAAAUAAUAGAAAAUGGCCUUUUUCUUAAUUAAUACAUCUUAAUCUGGAUUAAUUACAUAAACAGAAUUAGCAUCAUAUUUGAAAGUGAAUAAAUAAGAUAUUUAAAAAGUUUGGCCAUAUUUAGAUUGCAAUAAUAACGGUUAUUUAGAUUAUUUUGAAUUUAUUGCAAUAACUUUAACCCCUUAAGAGUAUAAUACUCAUAUACAAUUAAUAUUUGAUUUUCUUAGUCAAUAAGAGAAAUUUAUCACAUAAAAAACUAUAAAAUCGAUUUUUGAUUAGAAUUCUAAUUUAGACUAAAAAUGGGUAUCAAUAUCAGAUACAAAAACUAAUCAUCAUUAAAAUACCCAUGAUCUUUAAGUUAAUGUUAAAAAUAUAAUAGAAAAAGAUAUUGAUUUAGCAAGCUUCAAAGCCUUAAUGGGAUGA